GUAAAAUUGGUGAAGUCACGCAAAGCACGCGCAGACGAACCACAGAAGGAGCGGCCAUUUUCUUUUGUUCUCUUUCCUCAUAAUCUAAACGACGUGGAACGAAGUGACCAUCAUUUGGAGAUUUUAGUAUUGGAGACUAUUGUACUCUUUUAGGGAAUGUCAGCUACUAUCGACCAGGUAUGUUUUCAGUUUAAAUCAUUUCGUUUUUCGUCGAUUUCUUGGCGACCAACGGCAACAACGACUAAUUUGAUUCUAAUUUCCUCUGCAUUCCUGAAUGCGUGUUCCCUCGUGUGUGCGCAGCGACCCAAGGAUCACAGCGGAAAAGGUACGUCACUGUCUUUUUACUGCGUGCUUUAAGCGGCAAAGAGCCGUUUGCAUGAUAGUUAAUCGAUUAACGCUGUUUCGAAUAUUUUACAGGGUACGUGAACAAAAAUGGCGAAUUACAGAAUGUGGCGGGUGAAGAUAUCGAUCGCUACCUCCAUCCGGGAGCGAAACAGGUGAGAUUUGUCAGAUGUUUACUUUGCAGGCGUAUUUUCUUCGCACCACUCCGCUUUAACCACGAUUUGAUUCCUUCAAGGGCCUACACUAACUGUUGCCAUGUCUUUUUUUCUAUCCCUUCGAUAACGUCAUGGCAUUCCCGAUGGAUCGGCUUACGACGAUAAUCAUAAAUUCGUGUUUAGGGCACCGAGAAACAGUUGAACUCUCAACAAGUCAACACGAGCUUGCCGAGCCAAUUAACGGACACUUAUCUGCCACCAUUUUAUCCUACGACAACAACGGGUUCCAAUACAGGAUUACCUCCGAUGCCAUUCCCUUAUCUGAAUGCUGCUGGAAUCAGCGACGGCACUUGGUCCACUGGAGUGCCUUCGCUCAAUCCUAACACGCUGUUUCCUUCAUCGGGUUUCGGAGCAGUUGGGAACGGAGAACAACUAUUACAAGACCAGAUGUUCAAUCACAAUGCAGACGCUACAAACGCUUAUCGAAGCAGUUUAACCCAUAACUCUCAGGGCCCCCAAGCACUCUAUUUUCCUGGAACAUCUACUGAUAUUUCAUGGGGGGAACAGUCUCAGGGGUCAGCAAUGUUGCCAAAUUUUUACCAACCACCACCACCUCCGACAUCUGAACACGGAGCUUUGAAUCCUAUUGGAGUUGAUUUGGACUCUUUGAAAGGAAAGGAGUUUGGUUCUGCUGGAAAUGUGGAAAAUGCCCUUUCUAGUUUGGCUCUAGGAGUAGAUGACAAAGGAAAUGAAGGGUUGAACGAUCAAACCAAGUUGUCAUCUCAGGCAACUAGUUCAUCAACUGUUACUCCUUCUGAGACUAAACCAAAGUCUUGGGCUGCUAUUGCAAGCCAACCAGCUAAGCCAAAGGCAAAGUUACCUCCACCAAAACCAAAACUGCCUCCUCCAAUAACCUCACAACAAACUGUUGGGCCUUCUAAAGUUGAAUCUGGGGCAUGGGGAAAUGCAGUAAAAUCUGGUCCCAACAAGCCUGCGAUUGGCCGCGGCACAAGGCCGCGACCCAAUACAGGAGGAAUGUCCGGAAAUCCAGGACCUGUGAAUCCACCAGUUAAUUCAUCUGAAUCUGUUCCAAUUCUUGAUAAAUUGAGAUCCAAGAAUUGUUACAAUCCAAAGGAAUUUGGCCUGCUUCAGAAAAAUGCCCGGUUUUUCAUUAUCAAAAGUUACAGCGAGGACGAUAUUCAUCGUUCAAUCAAAUACUCCGUGUGGACAAGCACAGAGCAUGGAAACAGGCGUUUGAACGAUGCUUUUAAAGAGCAGCAGGGCAGUAAAUCUCCAAUUUAUCUGCUUUUCAGUGUGAAUGGAAGUGGCCAUUUCUGUGGAAUUGCAAUGAUGACAUCGGAGGUCGAUAUGGAGAUUGAAACUGGAAUUUGGACUCAGGACAAGUGGAAAGGCAAGUUUGAUGUGAAAUGGUUCUAUGUGAAGGAUGUGCCAAACAAUGCAUUACGUCAUAUUCGCUUGGAGAACAAUGACAACAAGCCUGUUACCAAUUCCCGGGAUACCCAGGAAGUCCCACUGGAGAAAGGAAAACAGGUACUGAAGAUCAUUCAUUCUUACAAGCACCAGACGUCAAUCUUUGAUGACUUUGGCCAUUACGAGAAACGACAGGAUGAAGAAUUUAAAAAGGUAAGAUUGAGCUGAUUUGAAACACAGCGACAUUAAGGCAUCACUUUUGAAGUAAUUUUACUUCCUCAUGUGUAAAGCCAAGCUUUGGAAGUGCAAGCUGAAGGUCUUCCUGAGAGGUGCAUCUUCUUUUUACUUUUAGGCAUUAGUUAGGUCAAAAAACAUCCUUGUUUAAAAUUUUAAAUCCACCAUUCUUGCCCCUGGUAAUAAUUGGAAAGUAGUAAUUGGAAAAUAAAGAUUGGAAAUCUGCAUUCUACCUUCAUGAACAAGGAAUUCACACUUAAUUUUUGGCAGUAAGACUUUUGAUUUUAAAAAUUAAAAAAAAAAAAAGAUAAGAGAAAGUAGAACCAUUUAAAAUGAUGCAACUCUGGCUAUUUAUGGUGACAUGAUUGUGUUAAUGUAUUAGUGCACAUGUACUUUUAGCUGUUGGCAUUUAUUUUCUAGACUGUCACUGGCAUAUUAUUUAAGAAAUUAUCAAGAAUGGAAUAAUUGUUUCGUCUCCUGGUUUCUGUUUCUCUGCUGUUCAGGGCGUGAAAUUAACUUUUUUUAUGAUAGCCACUUGGCUCCUAAAUUCUUCAAAGUGGUAGCCAAUUCUCAAAAAGUUGGUCGCCAUUUUCAAAGACAAACAAAAUCUUUCUUUACGCUGUCAGCGUUCUAGAUAGACCCUCCAAAAUUAAGUAAGGGAAAAGAUCUUUAACGUGCUACAAAGUGGACACUAGGAUGGAUGAUAUACAACGUCAGGCUCAUCUAAAUCCAAGAUGGCGUCUAGUUAUCGAUCGAGAAGCACGUGCUAUGUUUUAGAAACAAACUUAAUGAGGAAGUUUGCUGCGGGUUUAUCUUUGCAAAUCUUUUUAAUUCACUAUAUCUCUUGGUAAGGUUAUGAUGAAACGUUCUAGUCGCCAAUUUGGCGUCUAACUUUCAGGAUUUGGUCGCCAAAGUGAAAAAUUUUGUCGCAUUGGCACCUGUAUUAGGCGCAAUUUCACGUCCUGCUGUUACAGUUCUGCCACAAUACUGAGUAACACUUCUAUGAUUCUAUCAUGCUGAAAAUUUUAGUACGAAUUGUGGUGCAAUGACACAGCAGGUGAAUAUUGAAAUUGUCACUUGAAGAUGAAAUCACAAAUUAUGUUGAUACGCUUUUAACCCUUUAACUCCUAGAUCAAAUUUGUAAUUCUCCUUACUGUCAACCAUACAGUUUUUAUAUCACUAUUUCAGAGAAUUUAGUAUUGGAUCAACAAAUUGUCCUCAAAAGGAUAUUUUUCUUUAUUCUCAUCACUUAUCUGGUUGAUAUUGUAUAGAUAUUGUGAGGAGAAAUUCUGUUUAAGGGUUAAAGUGGGAAGAGAUUUACAUAGUGCUUUACUGUAUUUAUAGAUAGCAAGUUCUAUACCUCAGCAAAGGGGUUGGAAAGGUUCCUCUUCCAAGAGAUAAUCAGUUGCACUUAGAUCCCAUAAUUAGGGAAUUCUCAAAUUGCUUAUUAAAAUAAGCAUUAUGAGAGAAAAGAUAUGAAGUUAACAUCUACUGAAUAAAAAAAUUCUUUCUAUUUGUUUUUCAGGGAGGAAAGAAAGUUGUUGGAGUCAAAGCACCAUAAAGAAGGGCAUUCAUAAGUCUGCCUUCACUAGCCAGAGAGUCUGAAUAAACUAUUAUUCCAAUAAUUCUUUUCUAGUUGGGCAAAGGAACCCUCUAAUGAUUUGCUUUUGGAGAAUUUCCAAUGGUGAUUUGAAAUUCUGUAUAGUCUCAACUUCAAAAUAACAAAUCACCAGUAUAAACUUUAAAAAAAAUAUACACUGACUCGUGCUGGGAGGAAGCUUAUGUCUUUAGGUAGGUAUGAGCUCAAAAGCUCCCCAAGUACAUGUAGUAGGAUCAUUGUUUUUUAUUCCUUGAGUACUGUAGGUUGGAGCCAAGGUGGUGCUGUUGGCUUAAGUCUGUUAUGCAUAGCUGCUAUUAAGCUGGGGUUCCUUUCACAAUAAACCACAAUCGUGUGAUAUUGGUUUUGAUUCUUUGAUUGAAUGGUACAAUCUGAUGUCACUAAAAUUCUCACCUCCUUCUGUAUGUUUGCAUUUGUUUCACUUAAAAACUUUAAGCAUUUAAUUCCCAGGGAUGACCCAAAGAAUUUCUCUCAACAAUAAUUAUUCAUUUUCUAGCAGAGUGCUGAUGGAGGGUAUAAAUAUUGAUGAGGAAAAUGUUUGAUCAAAUACCAAACUCUCAGUUCUGAAAGUGUAAGAAAUGUAUCCCAAACAGUGUUGAGAAUUGAUAUUUAGAACGUCAUGAAAGGGUGACAAUGCACAAGUCAUAACUUAAUACUCUUGUAAGAAACUUAGAAUAUCUAAGUCCUGGGUCGAGCGUUCUUGCAAAAGUGUGAAAGGUGAAGUGUGGUGAGAAGUGAAAGGUUUUCUCGUCGGAGGAGGUGCAUAGCACUUGGACAAUAGCU